GAAAUAUGUUAGUGCUUCGGAGAGAGACUCUCUAUAAAGACCAAAAAUCCCGAAAACAAAAUACCUUCAUCGCCUCUCGAAAACGCUAAGCGCAGCAGUCGCCAUGGACGUAUCCACGGACAAAGGUCUGGAAUUGAACGGUGGUGGGACUCGAAAUAGCAGAAUUAUUAGGAUGGUGGUUGAAGGAUACGACACCUCCCCUUAUAGAGAUGACAUCGAAGAUUCUCUGGUAGAACACUUCGAAUCACGUGGAAUAAGGUUAAUACAUGUCUCUGUUCCUAUGAACGACAGCAACUUACGUAGUCGCAGACGCGCCUUAAUCUAUGUUAAUGGAGAAUGUGAAGCACAGGCGUUGAAGCUUGAUGGAAGUUACGUGGGACGACACCGUAUUUUAAAAAUUACGGCUUACCCUUUUGACGACAAUAGCCUUGAGCAUCUCUUUCCUGCUCCUACCAGUUCCAUAGACGAAAACCGAAGGCGCUCGGUGAAAGUUACAGUAUUUGAUACUUCCCUCUCACUGAAUGAUAUCGAGGAGAUGCUACUUAGGGUUUUCCCCGGAUUCGAAUGUUUUCCUCACGGGAACGGCGUAGCUGUGCUUGCUUUCUGUGGACCAUAUGCUAUGGACGAGGUUCUUAAACUUAGCGGAGGUUCUGUGGAAGGCUUUAAUUUUGCAGUUACUGAGGUCUUCUCAGAAAUUCGUAUGGGGACUGUUGGCGUCUCUCUCGCAGAUGCAACUCGGUUAGGUUGGUUUAAGGAUUCUUAAACCAAUCAGAAGAUCAAGACUACGGACUAGAAAUCUCUCUCACUUUCUCUCUCAGAUGCUGUCUCGUGUUAUUAACUUGUGUCAUGCAAUGCCACCUUCUUCUCUUCUCUUGUCUGGAUCUUGAAUGUUAUGUUUUUAUUCGCGUGUGUUGUUUUUUUUUAAUGAUAAAACUCUGUAAAAAC